AUGGGUAACACAGACAGCCGGACGAUUUUCCGCGACCAAAUCCAGCAUUUAUUGAACGAAAAUAUCCCUGAUUCAGAAACUGAGUUUUGGGACAUGUUUUUUACGCUGCCAGUUACAAGUGAAGAUGUUUUUGCUAUGGUCCUUUCUGAUGACGUAAGAAAAUUAAUAGACGAUAAGCCGAAUAAUCUUUACCACAUCAUUGAGUAUAGCUUGAUUUUUAUGGACGAAGCAUGGCAGCAAGUGGAGGAAUUGAAUAGCAAUAGAAUGAUCGCUGUCAACAACGCUGUCAGAUUUUUGACAAGAAUAGUCCCUUUUACUUUAGAAAAUCAAGAACGCACAGGAUUUUAUGAGUUUUGGUGGGGAGAAAAUCCACGAGCUUUUAGGCUAUUAAAAGCCUGUGUAGGGCUGAUGUUUACUCCGCUUUAUUCAGUGGUUGCAUCUUUACAGAGAACGAGCAUUGAUAAUUUCAAUCAAGUAGAGCUAGCUUUGUUGUGGAAAGGUGGGUUACUGACUCCUAAUAUUGGUGAAGAUGUAAGUACACAGAUGUGGGAUAAUAGAUAUGAGUUACUAAGGCUGCUUUUGGCAUGUAUUGGAGAGAAUAUGUAUGAAGAAAUGAGUAAGAUGAGCGAAAGAGUAAACCCAUGACUUUGACUUUUGUGCUCACAAGCGAUUCCAUUUAGUGCACAGUUGUUUUAUUCAAUUGUGAAUAUAUUGAUUUCAUAUGAUCCGUAUGGGAUGUGAAACUUACCGUAUGCUAGCUAUUGGUCUUCAGCUGUAAAAGAGAGAGCGCUACAGAGCUCUUUAGAUAUUUUGGUUCUUAUGCUUGAAUUUGUACCUCCAAAUGAUGAAAGACUUAAUAAGUUAAAGCCUCAUGAAUUGAGGGCUAAACAGCUGAUUGAAACUAGACAAGUUACGCAAGGGGCUUUAUUUAGAAAUGAAAUGCAGUUGAGAUUGAGGGAUAUCUCCAAAGAUGAAGACUUUCAAAAAAUAAUUACAGGGUUUAACAAAAUUGUAACAACUGGAAUUGUUGCGCAGAACACAUAUCUCCCAUCUUCUCAAAAAAUAGUCCCCUGCACUGAGGAAAUUUUGAUUUUGCUUUGGCUACUUAUAGAGUCUAAUGAAAAAUUUUAUAACUAUCUUAUAAAAAGCAACGCAAAAGAGCUAAUUGUGCCAAUUAUAUACUGCAUAUUAGAAAAAAUGGAAUCAGUAAGCCACUAUGGCUUAUUGUGCAUUAUCACAAAUAUUUUAAUCAAACUGAGUGAAAACAGAAAAUUCUCUGUAUCCCUCAAUGCAAAGUAUUCAGGCAAUUUGCCAGUCAGUUUCCCUAAUUUCAAUGGAACUUAUGCAGAUGUUUUAAUUAUCACUGUUGGGAAAAUCAUUCAAGCUGGAAAUCAAGCUUUAGAAGGAAUAUAUCCAAGCUUGCUUAUAAUCAUCAUAUAAAUAAAAUGGCAUUCGGUUCGAGAGAAAUUAGCUUGCUAAUUUUCUCUCCCUCAUGGAAUUUUAUUUAUAGGGUUAGGUUUUCACUCGAGAACUUCUGGACAGCAAUAGUGGUUUAACUCUGGGGAUAACUAGAGAGGAACUGCUCCUCAGUCCUCUCAAAAUUUCGGGGUUUUACCUCUCAGCACAUCUCCACGGGAAGAUGACCCUUAGGCGGAACACGCGCAGGAGCUGAGUCGAGACAAGGGCGACGGCAUCGCGCCGGGUGAGACGUGCAGCAAGGCUGGUGAAGCAGGAGUUGAUAGAAGGCUUGGCCAGGGGCUGACCUGUUCCAAGAUGGCUCGCCUACGUCACUAGUUUUGCUAUAGGUCCUUUUUGGGCUGCGGCACUAGACACCUUAAACACCAGAUAAUUAAGUUAAGUUAACUUAAGCUUAUAAUCAUCACAAAUAUAUCUCCAUAUCUCAAAUCUCUAUCAGUAGUUUCUUCACAAACAAUCAUGAGGUUUUUUGAAACAUUUUCUUUACAAAGAUGGCUCCUUGCCUCUCCUACAAACCAUUAUUUGAUUUUUUAUGUGCUUGAAAUCAUUGCGAAUUUAAUCCAAUACCAAUGGCAAGCAAGCUCAUAUUUAAUUUUGUAUAUUAUUAGAAAAAAAGAUUUAUUUGUAAAAUUGAAUAAAUUGAAGCUGGAAGAGGAAGAAAACAAUAAGGAAGAAACGAAAAAAAGCGAGGAAAGCAAAAAAAGCGAAGAGGCAGGAGUUGAGGAAGAAAAAAUCCCUGAAAAUAGAAUUAUUGGGCUACUUUCAGAAAGAGUUGAAGAAAAAGUGGUGAAUUCUUCGAUUUUGCAAAGCCAUGUAAGUGCUGAAUCUGAUGAAAUUGAAAAUACAAACACAGCACAGAAUCUACCUAGUGAAGAAGAUUGAAAGCCAUCACAACAAUGGCUGGCUUCGUGAAAAAAGAAGCUACCUAUGGCAGUUCCCAUGAUCUGCAUACAGGAAUUACUACCUGAGUUGGAAAGCUAUACGUUGAAAAACCCAAAAUGCCAAGAUAAAGAGUUAAUUGACCUUAUACAAGAAGAGGUGCUUGUUGGGAUUUUACCAGUCCCGCAUCCUAUUGUAACGCGAAAAUAUUUGAAUAAUCCUAUCACAAGAUUGUGGCUAUCAUGCUCAAUUUGGGGGAUUAUUUAUUUGAAAAAUCAAUACAUGCCUCUUUAUGAUCCAAAAAAUAUAAAAAUGUUCUCUGUGCAAUUCGAGUAA